AGUCAUGAUGUACGUUAUUGAAAUAUUAAAAUACAAUUUCUACCAAAGAAACGAAGAUGGAAGGUAUAAAAUGGAAAAAAUACGUAACGUGGACGAGCAUUUAUUCAUAAAGUUUACGAGAAAUCAUAGAAAUCAUAGAAACACCAAAACCCGAGAACGUCUGCAACUUUCCGAAACUUGUACGGAAGAAGAAAAUAUCUCUCGUGGUUUUGAUAUUAAUGAUGUUUUCUACGUUUCCAUUUCUGGCUCCUGCUGACUCCGCUGGAGUAGCGUUGAAUAACCGUCAUAGUUAUUUUUAAAAGACGAUAACUGUAAUAAGAGGUAGAAUAAGUGUAGAGUAUUACACUCUUUAGAUUGAAUUUUUACAAGUACGAGGAUGUCGAUGGAUGUUUUCAAGAGUAAAUGAAGUGAAAGAUGGUUGAUAAUAAGGGUGACUCGAGUGGAUAUUUUCUUGGCAAUUUUUACCAAUGAAAAUUCCGAUAUUCAACUAGAAUAACAAGAUAAAAGGAAGAUUCAAUUAAAAUAUGCAAACAUUUCUUAGAAUUUCUGGAAAAUUCAUAUUAAUUAAAGAAAUAACAUAUCGCUGUAAAAAUGUUAUCUCUUACAUAUGUAUACAGGGUGUCUCAGCUAAAUUAGAUCGUCUAAAUAUUUGUCUUAAUUACGAUCGUGUAAAAAAUCUUCCCCGAUAAAAGGAAGAUUCAAUUAAAAUAUGCAAACGUUUCUUAGAAAUUCUAGAAAAUCCGUCUUAAUUAAAGAAAUAACACAUCGCUGCAAAAAUGUUAUUAUCUUGUGUACAGAGAGUCUCAGCUAAAUGAGAUCACCUAAAUAUCUGUCUUAUUUACGAUUGUAUGAAAAAUCUUCUGAGGACAAAUUUGUACUAUUCCAAAGGACACAUAUAGUGACGAAAAGAACUUUUUCUCAAGUAUACUGUAUCUUUCGUCGAAGAUAUAAAAAUUCCCAAGUUUCAUUCUAUGAAAAACAUACACAUUUUAAUGCAAAAAGAGCAUGAAUAAGCAAAUGUACAUUAUUAAUAACAUUCUGCUAUUUUCGUGCUCUCCAAGUACUAUAAAAAAAAUUAACGCCAACGUAGCAGAUAUAAUAAAAAUACUUAUCAGUGAUAAAAUAGACAGACAGACAGACUGUUUUGAAAGAGCUAAAAAACUUCGCACACAUAAUCGCCGUCAAUCUACAUUACCAAAGAAAUUAUCUGCUUCGGUUCUGAAGAUUUCUUCAUCAAAAAAUUCCAUCGCUACUCAAGAGGUAACAACCCUUUUGAUAACUCACGGAAAUCUGCAAUCUUUCCCUUUUAAAUCAUUCUACGUUUACUUAAUUUAUAAUUCUUGUCAAGUUUAAUACGUUUCGACUUAAACCACAAAAUAUUUAUCAAUCUUUUAAAAUUCCCAAGAAUAUUAUCCUAGUGAGGAGACACGAUCUCUUAUUUUUCAAAAAAGAAAGAAAGAAGAGAAGAAUUAUCUAAAAUAAGAAAAAGGAAUCAUAAAUCUUUCAAAUCUAUUUUUUACCACGGUUGACAUCAAGAUUGACCAAGUUCAAGAUUGGAAAGUAGAAAAUAGAGAAACGUGACAAUUUUGCAAGCAUUAUUUCUCAAAGAUAGAACAUCGAUCGGGUGAAAUUACGAAACUUACGCAAAGUGGAGUGGAUUUAUCAUUUUUACUGACAUGCAACACGCCCCUGACUCUAAAGAAAAAAUAAAUAUUCUUCCGCGUCUCGUUUACAAUAGUAGGCGAUUCUCCUUCUCCAGUUAUUUCUAUUACAGCCAUAACGAAACUGUACAAAAACUUUCAAAAUACCAAAAAAGUGGGGACUCUGAUAUUUCUAGCGUUAGUUACGAUAAUACAAUAUCAUUAAAAUUAUCGUCGCACAGCCGUUCGAGUAAGUUACUUGACGAUCGCGUAUCAGUGCCGAGCGAUAAGCGCUGACGAUAAGAAGGAAUGCCCUACGUCGACGAAUCAGUUUACAAUUAUGCAAAUCCUUACCUGUUUCCUCGCUAAUACGAUAGAUCGGUACUUUAUAUGCCACGCGAUACGUGUCUCACCUUCCUCGUCUCUUUAACCGCUUACGUAGGGAUUUCAGUAAUUCUCUAACGCGAUCACGAGCCAGAGAAAAUCGCUAUCGUACGAGAAAAUCAUUAUCGCUCGAAUGCACGAGCUGUGUGAAUGCACGUGACGACGGAGGCUUCACUAUACCGUACAGUACAUUGAUACACGUGGCGUACUCUAAUCGCAAUGGCGCCUGGAGAAUCGCGAUAAUCAAUGAACGUACAAAAAUAACAACUCUCCAGUGCAAUGUAUACAAUUUGUUCCCAUAAUCAUACGCAGAAAUUACACGUGGCGAUUUUUUCCUGCGCUCGAACGAUUCAUGCCAACAUGGAAGACACGUCAUUGUUUUUGUACAUGUUGAUACGAGCGGAGAAGCAAUUUGGUUUCUUGUAAACUGAGAUAUGAUAUUGUAGCUGUGGUUCUUCUUUACGGUAGAUUUCGUUGAUUAUUCAAGAUUAUUUGAUAAUUAUUUGAAAACGAUAAGAUUAGAUGGGAAAGCUCGUAACGUGAGUCUGGUUUAUUCUACGAAAGAUUAGGUGAAAUGUAUUACAAACGAUAUCUUAAGCCGAUUCUUGCAUGAUUGUUUGAUAAUUUCUGUUACGCUACAGAUAUUUAUUGUUUGUUCAUUUUCUGCCACUUUGUUUCACCGUAUGACGAUUUUAUUGAUUUGUACGACGCUUUUUAGUUCGUUUGAUUUCAUUCUUGAUUCGAUGGUCUUUAUCGUGUUAGAAGAUCGUAAAGAUUGUAUGAAAGCUUUAAUUUUGUAUCGUCCGACGCAUUUUUGUAAUUGAACUCGGACAACACGACCUAAUUCUCGAUAACACGUUAUUCCUUUCGUAAUCGACACAUAUAUCUUAAUUGUUUCGUAUUUUGAUAUAGAAAAAUUAUUAAUCAGGGAAGGAUAUGAAGACCACACAAGAAAAACAUCGGCACAGUUUCAUUGAUUUUCGUGUUUUCCUCGCUUAAUGAGGAAUAUGGAUAAAGGAACAAAAUGGAUAAAGGAAAUUGUUGGUAAUAUAGGAGUAUUCAAUGGUACGAAAUGUAAAAAAUGAGAAACGUAACUGUAUGUCUACAUGUAAGUUAUUACUCCAGUAACUUCUGCGAAAUGAGAUUCUUCCGGAACGGUUAAGAAAGCAGCUGAAAAUAUUGCAAGGCCGAAACCAUAGGAGCUGUAAAACUGAUAGCCUGUACUAUUCUGGCUAUCCUGCAUGCAAUACCAGUAAUGCAACAAACAUAGACGAAGUAUCGAUGUUGCGAAACCCGUUACACGAGUCUGUUUAUAAAUACAAUACCAUCCGUUUGCAUAACCAGUCAGCAAAGUGAUCAGAAAUAGACAAACAUUAAAAAAAUCAUAACUUGAAUUCAUCAAACGAUCAGUUUACUUCCCCAACGUUGCAUCCAUCUUUCACAGUUGCAACAAAAAUUGAAAGACGAGCUUAAAAUAAACGAAACAGACGUUCAACUUUUUACUUAAAAAACUAAAAGUUUCCCGGACACGUUUCAAUUACACUCUUGAGGUAAACCGAUACGAAUGCUGACGACCCGUAAGCCGAUACCAUCUACAAUCACGUUCUCGUUAUUUUAGAUUGUAGGUCUUUACCAAUCGACAAAAACCAAAAGAAAGAGAACAAAACUUGUGGAAUUGCUGUAUCGGCAGAGUAUUACAUCGCAACGUAAGUAAACUCGCUUAAAUAAAGGAAAAUAUUGAGUUUAACCGAACUUACUUACAUUACAAUGCGAUAUUAUUGCGUAUGGAGAGAAUCAUAUUCGAGGAAGGUUUGCGUAAAGCAUAAAAAUCGGGAUCAAAACGGUUGAAUAUUUUGAUGAAUGAAAAGAUCUAUAUAACGAAGAUUAAGCGAAAGAAAAAUACAUAAUGUUACCGUGUAAACAAAGUAUUAGCUAUUGCAAAACGAAGAUUAAACUGGAUAAAGGUAAAUAUUAGAAAAUUCUUUUUGACAAAGAUCAAAGGGAAGAAAAAUACACAGAACUGUUACACAAACAAAGUCUCCUUCAUCGUACGAGACAAAUUCAACUCCAUUGAAAUUCGAGUAGAUCGGGUGAACCGAAAAAUAAGACUCUUCCUUAUUCUCAUCUAUUGAACAGAAAAACCUGUCCAAUAUUCGAAUACUUCACCGGUAUCGCCUAAUCAAAGUUCAAUGGAAGGAAUCGCGUUUAUAGUGGGACGUCACCUCCUAAAUCUCGAGUGGAAACAUCGGUCGUUAUCUACCCGGCUGUUCGCACCCCCCAUACGAGGUUUCUAUGAAUAGAAACGUCGAACAAUCUCUCUGUAGCUGGACGAUAAUCGGAAUUGGUACGAUCGUCGGAAAGAAACGAGGGUAGGAGGUCGAUCGAGCGUCCCCUGUUUCCCCUCGGCGUGUAUCGCGAAAAUACGCGGACGUAUUUAUCGAAUUUAUCGUACUCGAGACGAAAUACAGCGCGAUUAACCAAGCCGCGACCACCGCCACCCCUUUGUCUUCCACUGACCAAGGAAGAAUCACAUUCUUUCUAAAUUACAACGCAUACGAAGACUACGGGAGAAGAACACGAUACAUUUCCUAUUUUAUCACGUUUCCUACCUUUUUCAGGCAAAUAAUUUUGAAAUUCGGCACAUCGUCGAUCGAUGCCAUUAUUUGACUUUUAGACGAUAAAACGUACGAAUUUACGUUUUUAAUUUACGAGGAUAAAUACCAUUUUUCUAAGAUUUCGUUGUAUUUCAUGAUGUUUGAACGGAAUAUGGAAUACGAUAGUGGAUUAUCGAAACACUAACGCGCUACAUAACUUCGUCGACUCAUCGGCUAUUUUUCAUAGACAGAUCCUAACAGAGCCUAACAGAGUAUCUUCGUUUUCCCUCGUUUAAUCGUAGAAUGAAACUCGAAUCGGUGCAUCAACGAACAUAAAAUUUCACGCUUCGUCCCUUAACCUUCGUAUCUACUCACGCGUUACUUUAUUCCUUCGUCUCCUGGCACAGAUCGUACGUACACGUGUUCCAGGUAUCUGAUGAAAAAUCGAGAUUGACCUCGAGGAACUAAAAACACUACAGACGUUCUAUGACAGUUUCACGCGAAUCAGUGAUAAACUUGGUAUUUUACGGUCGUACAUUCAAUUGGACAACGGACGUAAGAGAUAACCAAGUUCACCUGGAGAAUAUGACUAGGCUAGCACGUUCGGUUCCUCUGUACCGGCCAAAGAAACGUGACAGAGAUCGAGCGAUCUCGCUCCAUCGACCCCUUCUCUCGAUCUACUAUGAAGCACACACGAGGACGCGUACCACCAGCAGUCCGACGUGACCUCCCCCUUCUCUAUGAUCGCGUUUGACGCUCCGCCACCUACUCCUCUGCUGAUCUUUUCCCCUCCUUCGAGCUGCGCCUCCUUAUUGUUCCACUCCUCUAAUCCGUGAAAUCUAGAACAAGAACCGCGUGGCGAGGCUAGCCGGUACCAGUGGCACCGAGGAACUCGGUACCAACGGAGGUCUCAUCUUCGGGAACGAGAACCGCGCUCCCUCUCUUUCUCUUUUUCUCUCUCUUUCUCUCUUUUUCCUCUCUUUUCGUCGUCGUUUACGAUACGACCACGUUGAGCACGUUCUCCGAUAACGAGCCCCACGAUCGGCAAAAGUGCGCGUAUAAAACCGAUCCUGGUCACCUGGAACACCUAGUCCACCGGUACACCGUGUCAGGAACACAUCGUCUCCGUGCCUCCGAAGAUCCACGUUUCCAGUUUAGGAUCUGCGAAUCGAGCAACUACUCGAACAUUCGAUCGGCCGAAGAAUAUUUGUAAAAGUUUCGUACAGUUCGAAGAGUGGACGGAUCAAAGGCACGUGUCGUGUUUACCAGUGAACGCGAUACCUUUCGAGCAGCUUUCGUGAAUUAAAGGAACGGCGAUAAUCCGUCACUGUGUCGUUCGACUGGUUACCAGUGGGAAUUACACGUAGCUGUCUUUUCGAAGAAGCGAAAGUUGUACCAUUCGCAAUGCCACGAAGCGGUUGCCGCGCGAAAACCACCAUGUUUGGAAGAAGCAGAGCGAGGACGAUAGUCCUGGUCGGCCUGGUGUUGCUCACGCUCCUCGACACGGUUAAUAGCACUCCUUACAAGAGGUCCUUGCUCAGGCUAUGCUCGAAAAGUCUCAGCGACGCUCUGUACCUCGCGUGCAAGGAUCGAGGUUACAACGAGCCGUUUUCCUACAGCAGCGAGGAUAGUCCUAUGGAUUCCGUGGGCCCGGGACUCGCGGAGGAGUGUUGCUACCAUACGUGCACUUAUACCCAGCUGCAACAAUAUUGCAAGCCGGAGAAGUCCAGUUCCGUGGACGCCGUAAACAGCCCGGUCUGGAUAGAAAAAUACCCGUACCUGUCCACGAGGUCGGCAACCUCGUCGUCGUUGGAAGAGAGAUCGAGGUCGGACAUCGACUACGUCCACGGUACAAUUAAAUGUAAAAUUCACGGGUCGAAGGGAGCACGAAGGAAGGGGGCUAACAUGGACCGUGACGACGACGCCGGCGGCUGCGACAGGAAAAACCCGUUGAGGAGGCAUCGCGCCGGCCAUUGCGGCUGCAGGCAUCGACGACAGAGGCGUCGUCGUCUUGGCAAGAUGCUAGAGAGGACAUCGGGCGUGAAAUCGGGUGCGCCAUUGAAAAAAGAGGUAGAAACGGAGACGAAAGCAACGACCCGUGAGGCGCCAUUUUGAAGCACCUCUUUCAUCUUAGCAUCGAACUCUCUGUGUUCUAACUUCUUUCCUCCUUCGUUCGUGCACUCGUCGAGACAGUCGAAGAGAUCACGAACUCGAAACAAUCGUAACAAACAAAGAGAGCUAAACGAGCAAAAGGAAGAAAAGCGCGAGAGGGAACAAAAUAUCUAGGGAAGAUGAGGCCAAUGGACAAGAAAGCGUGAGGUAGUUGAUCCAAGAGGACAGAGGCGGACGAAAGAGAGCGUGCAAUCAGUAAGAUGUCUAGUCCCAUAAAAUAGUGAGAAAUUGGUCAUUGUAUUUUCUGGAGUUGCCAAGGAAAAGAGAUUAGAGACGAGUAAGAGUAAGUCGUUCGAUCGUCCUUCCUUCGAAUCUACGGCGCGAAUGGUCGACUUGAAAAUUUACAAUCUGAUCUACUCUGCAAUUGCUAACAUAUUAGUCGAUUAUUUUACCAAAUGGAUAAAAAACAGGAAGAAAAAACAUAUAAAAGACGGAGAAAAGAUAUAAAAGAUGGAAAUAAGAUGGUCAAUUUUCGUGGAUUUCUCGUACAUGGGCCAUCGCAUCGCUUGAAAAACGACGCUCGAUGUCUCUGGAAGCACUGCUCGUGACGCGGAGUAUCGACAUUCACGAGUAAUCGCGGCUGAAUCUGAAAAAAUGGAGAAGCUAUACGUAUGUAAUAAAUUGGAAAAAUCGAUCCGGGCCAUCAGUCGCGCGCGAUCUCCUAGAGAAAGACUUAAAUCCAGUGUUGUAACACGUCUAACCUAACCCUACACAAUAAGUGUAUGUAUAUAUAUUUUUUUGCUCGACUUUUUCGUUUUAUUUUAUUUUAUUAUUAUUAUUAUUUGUCUUCGUGUCUUUCUCUCUCCUUUUUUUUAAUGAGACGCAUACAUACACACAUACACACAUACACACAUACACACAAAUGUACAUACGAGAGAUAGGUUUAGUCGGACUCGUUCGCGAUUCUUUCUUUAUUUUUUUUUUUUUAUUUUGUUUCUCCGUUUCGUUGCUCUCGUUAAGUUGCCGGUCACUUUCAGCUCCCUUGUCGAACAAUGAUCUCACUAGUAUUAGAGCUAAGGAAUUCUACAUUUAAUAAAUUAGUGCUGAACGAACUAGUCACUAAGGACGAUGGUAAGAAGUACCGAGCAACCGAGAGGCAGACGAAAUAUGCGAGGCGAUCGGAAUUUUCUCGGAGAACAAAGUCAGAAUCGCGAUUCCUUUUUGGAUGAUGAGGUUUAGGUGGAAAAUUUCUCGCUUCGUUUUUAUUUGCGUGUCUUUUUGAAUAGAAGGAAGUCAAUCUGGCCUUUAAUACCCCUAUUGUGUUUAACAGAUUUUACGUGAUUUAAUCGUAUCCUUAAAUCAACGUAUUUUCUUUUCUAUGAACUUUUAAUGGGGAUGUUUCUUUUUUUGGUUUUGUCGAUCGAGAUAAACUUUUAAGAUUUUGACGAAUUUCCAUUGUUAUCUAAUACGAUAGGAGGGUUAAACGAAUCACAAGAAUAAUGGAAUAAGUUUGGUAAUAAAACAAAUGAAAUCUUACAAUUUACGUAUCCUAUGAUUAUCCUAUUCGAUUCAAUUCACUAACAUCAUUAACUAGUAAAUUAUUGCGAAUAAGAACAUGCAAUAGCGCUGUAUCUUUCGCAAAUCAAAGAAUUCGCUUCUAUAGAGUCGAGCUUAGAUUCUGCGUGACUCUGAACCAUUCGACAAUAUCCAAAAUCUCGCAAUUUAAAUACCGUAACACGCAAUUACCGCUUAACUUUACGAACAGUAGAACCAAUUUUCCAAUAAAAUUGGUCAGAUUGACUUCUGAAUAGUUCGAAUCGCUUAAUACAAUUAUGUAAAAGAGCAAGAGGAAAGUUCUCUGAAUUUUUCAGCCUGGACAGCGUUAAUUCUUGUUCUGCAUGAAAAGAAUAGAAACUGUUCCACAGCAUUGGAAUUAUUUCGAGGCAAAAUUGAACGAUUUAAAAAUUUAUUUAAACUGUCGAGUUUUACGAAAUAUCGUUGCGCGAAUAUUGCGACCCGGGAAGAACAAACUCGAUAAGACGAAAGAAGAAAGUGAAAAAGAAAUGUAAUUGUGUAUAGCGAAUUGAAACACGAGUAAAUAGGUACGUAGAUAUAAAUAAACGGAUAUAUCUGCGAUAGAAAAUAGCCGUGUCGUUUAACAACGUUCAAUUUUGCCUCCGUACUGUAUAGUGAGAUACUCGAGGCACGCUCGAACGGUGCAUAAUAAUUCGAGGGUCGCGAACCACCAGAUGUGUUUGACGUCAUUCGCCACUAGUUUUCAGUUGUAUUAGUUAAUUUAUUUAAUUCGACUCUCGACUCUGAACGCUCGAGUGUGCCAUUUCAAAUUCUACUGUUUCGAGAGUAUACGUAACGGGUAGCGUAUACGGACUUAGCGAAGUAUCGAAAGAAGUAUAGCGAAACAUUUGAAAAAUUCUAUAGUAAUAAUUAUUCGUAUCUUUACUUUUUAAUAAGAAAUAGAAAAAUAUGAAUAAUUAUUAUUAUGGAAUAUGUAUAUAUUUUUUUAAUAUUAGGCGUGUAAAUAAAUUCGAUGUAUAUAGAUUUAAUAACUUUUUAUAGAUAAUUAUUUCAGAUUUAAAUAUUUUCCCGUCUUGUAAAUUUCUUAUAAAUGUAUAAAUAUCCUGUAAAGGAGCACCGUUCGUAACUUUGCCCGACAAUCUUGAAUAUGGAUUAGAAGAUUAAUAUAGAAAUUAUUUUAACGACGAAAUUAGUAUUAUAUUCCUGAAUAAAGCGCUCGAUAAACUUUCGCGAAUAUUGCAUCAAUUUAAUUUACACGCCUAUGUAUUAAAACGCGUGAAAUGCGAAUAAGCUUUCUUAAAUAAUAAAAGUCCAGAUGUAACAUAUAAAGCAUUGAUAAGUCUAGUGUAAAAAUAUUAGAAAAUUCAUUAUACUUCUUCCACCAAGUAUUCAUAAAUAUCAUUUCAUAAGCGCAUUUAUGUACAUAGUUUCUCAUUUUCUCGUCACUCAUGUUCAAUCACUGUAAAUAAAUCCUACAUUCGCCACGGGUCCUGUAUAACGAGAAACGAUUUAAAUAUUUAUAUCAAUCGAAUAGUUACUUGUUCGCAAUCUCAUUCCUCCUUCCUGUUCAGUCACGUCUAUCAUAGAAGAUUGCGAUUCAUACGAGACACGUGGCGAGUUCUUGCGUAACCGGCUUGCAGAUAGCGAUGGGAUCGAUUUUCGCGUGCUGUCAAAACAUAUUCAUGGAGAUUGUUGUCCAGUUCUAUCUGCUAGAAUUUGCAUAAAAAAUACACGAACGCUUAAACUGA